AUGACGGCAGUAAUAGUGGGGGGGGAGACACUAGAUAAACUGCAGGAAAUAGCUGUCUCCUUUUUGUCUCUAAUCCCUAAUAAAAAUACAGAACCACCAAAAUAUAAAGAGUGUACAUACACACAACAACCAUUCGCACCAGAUGAACUCAAAACCCUCGUCCGGUUUACACUGACAGAAGAAGGAGCGAAGGAUGAAUCCAUUGCCCUCAUCGGCGACCUCUUCUUUCUCUACCUGAGAGCUAUUCGGCUGCUGGGGGUUGAGGAGUGGAGAUAUAAAGAGCUCGCAGCAAUACGCCGGCAGCAGUUUCUUUAUGCUGAUAUGCUUGAUGCUUAUACUCUUACACAAGAAGCAGCAGAAGGUAAACAGCAGCAGCAGCAGCAGCAGCAGCAGUAG